UGUCCGAAAACUCAAUCUUCAAACCCCGAAAAUCGGGAAAAUGGCGAAAGCUUGUCUUUGGUCGGUGUUGCUUCUGCUUCUCGUGAGCCAACACAUCGAUUCUGGUUCGGUCGUUAAGUUUCUUCCUGGCUUCGACGGUCCUCUUCCCAUCGAGUUCGAAACAGGGUAUGUGGGUGUUGGAGAAUCAGAGGAAGUGCAGUUGUUCUAUUACUUUGUAAAGUCUGAUUAGAAUCCAGAAGAAGACCCUCUUGUGGUCUGGUUAAAUGGAGGCCCUGGUUGUUCUUCCUUGUACGGCCUUCUUUACCAGAUGGACGAAGAUUACAAUGGAGGCGUGCCUUCUUUGGUCGCUACUACGUAUUCAUGGACAAAGGCAGCCAACAUAUUCUAUUUGGACCAACCUGUCGGAACCGGUUUCUCCUACGCAAGAACUCCGCUCGCCGAGAAACCGAGCGAUACGAGACAAGCAGAACAAGUAUCAGAUUUCGUCCGGAAGUGGCUCGUCGAUCAUCUGGAGUUUCUCUCCAAUCCGUUUUAUGUCACGGGAGACUCUUACGCCGGUUUGGUUGUCCCGGGAAUCGUUCAACAAAUCUCGAAAGGAAACGAGCAAGGAUCGAAACCUCGAGUGAAUCUUCAGGGUUAUGCCCUCGGAAACCCCGCAACCGAUGCUCGUUUCGAUGGUAACUACCAUACUCAGUAUGCUCAUGGAAUGGGGCUUAUCUCGGACGAGCUCUACGAGUCGCUAAAGAGAAGCUGUGGUGAAAAUUACAUAUCUCCUGGUAACUCGGAAUGCAUCAACCUCCUUCAAGACUAUGACAAGUGUGUUUCCAGGUUAUUCGAUGAGUUUAUUUUGAUUCCAAACUGUGAAAUAUCAUUGAGGACGUUUCCGCCACAAAGAAGGUACCUUAGAGGAGCUGUCGAUGGAAAUCUCUCCGUUCCAGGUCUUGAUUGCUAUGAACGUCGACGAUCGCUAAUUUACUAUUGGGCUAACGACGAAAGCGUACACCGAGCACUUCACGUCACGAAUGGAAGCAUUGGAACAUGGGUUAGAUGCAGAAGAGAUAUUCCGUACGAAGCAGCAUACCGUACCACGUGAACAACAGCAUCAAAGGAUACUGGUCUUUGAUUUUCAGUGCACAAAUAUUGGCUUAAUCCCGAGAAUUCACAAUCAAACAGCGGUGAUCAUGAUCUGAGGGUGCCAUUUCUCGGGACUCAAGCGUGGAUAAGAUCGCUAAACUACUCCAUUGUCGAUGAUUGGAGACCGUGGCUGAUGGAUAACCAAGUCGGCGGGUAAUGCACAUAAUCUUGUCGUCGUUUCUUUUUUCUCUUGAGGUGGGACCUCCUUCACCGGACCCCAUCUAACGGGAUGUUUUGUCCACCGGACUGGCCUUUUAUAUGAACUGAAACACGGUAGAGUUCAAACCGGAUGAGAGCUCCAUCAUGUUUCAGAGGUGGAUAAGUGGCAAAUCUCUUUAAUAACCCAUUUGGAGCAUUUAAUAUUCUCAUUGGAAAAAAAAGAUAUUUUAUGCCAUUUUUAUUCCAUGAAAUAAUCAUUUGAAACUCUGGUGCUGCUGUUCAUGGUUUCAGCAAAAUAAAAAGUUACAUGCCCAUGGAACAGUUUAUGAUUAUGAUUAUCGAUGAAUUUGACAGUAUCAUAUCA